AAGAAGCACCACAAGGAAAAAAGGCGGAAGAAGUACAAUAAUGUAAUAUCUUAUAAAUGUCACGUUGGAAGACUUACUUUUACAUUUACAACAUACAGAAACUGGAGGAGGACAACCGGCGUUGAGUCGACACAAGCAGUCCAGUGUGCUCCAUCCCCAAUCACCCGGUGAUGUCGGGAGACCUUCUACAGAGGCUCAGCACCUUCAUUCCGAACGUGAAGCACCUCCAGCUUUCCGACAUCGUAGUGCCUUCCUUCCCGCUGCCCAGGUCCACCGUCUCCUCCUCUCAAGUCCCCAUCCUGUUCCGGGAACCUUACAUUCUAACGGGCUACCGUCCCGUUCAGCAAAAAUGGCAAUGCUACCUCCUUAGCAUCUUUCAGAAGCACAAUGAAUCCCUUAAUGUGUGGACUCACUUACUGGCAGUUCCUGUGUUGCUGCUUCUCUGGUGGGCUAACGUAAGCACCCUGGGGUACACCUUAGACGUAGCCUCCAUGCCUUUACUACUCUUUUUGGCGUCUUCGUUGACAUAUUUGUUCCUCAGCGUGGCAGCACACCUCUUUCAGUCGCACUCCGAGCAAGCACACUAUUUCUUCUUCUUCAUGGACUAUGUAGGCGUGGCUGUGUAUCAGUAUGGAUGUUGCAUCGGACAUUAUUUCUACACAUCGGAACCGGCAUGGAGGGAUAGUUUUUUGGGAUCGUUUUUCUUACCCGGAGCCGCGUUCUUCGCUUGGCUUACUUGCGCUUGCUGCUGUUUCGCUAAAUCCAGAUUCCAGCGACCGUAUCCUUUGGGUCGUAAAGUGUGCCAGCUCAUCCCUACUUCGCUAGCAUAUUUACUCGACGUGAGCCCCGUGGUGCAUAGGUUGGUCACCGCAUCCUGGGCGGAGGAUCCGUCGUUGCCUUUCCAUGCACUCCAGGUUGCUUCUUUCCUCCUCUGUGCUGUUUUCUUCUCCUGUCCGAUCCCAGAGCGUUUCUUCCCAGGGCGGUGUGAUUUUGUCGGGCAAGGACAUCAAAUCUUCCACUUGUUUUUGUCCCUGUGUACAUUAUUUCAACUGGAGGCUCUGUUCCAGGAUUAUAUCAGGCGGAAGGAUACAGUGGAUGAGAUAUUUGGUGAGAGGCAGCUGUGGUGGGCGAGCGUAUCCUUCCCUGUCUUGCUUUUUUUUUGCCUUUUGACCGCACUUGUCACCAUGAAGCACAAACACAAACACCUCCAGGGUCAAAAAGAAAAAAAAUGACUAAGGUCGUAAAUUCAUUAUUAUGAAUAACUGGCGGGAGGAGAAACCUCAUUCAUGAUGUCCUAUGCUUUUUGCCUUUUGACCGCACUUGUCACCAUGAAGCACAAACACCUCCAGGGUCAAAAAGAAAAAAAAUGACUAAGGUCGUAAAUUCAUUAUUAUGAAUAACCGGCGGGAGGAGAAACCUCAUUCAUGAUGUGAUAUGCUUUUUGCCUUUUGACCACACUUGUCACCAUGAAGCACAAACACUUCCAGGGUCAAAAAGAAAAAAAAUGACUAAGGUCGUAAAUUUAUUAUUAUGAAUAACCGGCGGGAGGAGAAAUCUCAUUCAUUAUGUGAUAUGUCUGUGUUGAACAUUAUCCAAUGUGUCAGCAUCAUUCUGAUUUCAAGCACACAGCUUCAAAUCUUCUUAAAAUUGUCCAUUGUGAAUGUGUGAAUGUAUAGAAUGAGAAACGCCAAAAUAGUGUGGGGAAAAAACAGCAAUGAAAUGCGGCCAUAUUGAUGUGUUUUUUGUUUGUAAUGUAAAGAAUUGCAACACUGGUAGAAGAUGGAACUAUUUAACACAUUAUACUCGGUAAAGAUGCUCACAUAACAACCAUUGACUGUUUGUUUAUGUAUCUGUGUUGAAAUAAAAACAAAUGCAUUGCAUUAGGUUAUGUCAAUUGAAAGCAAAUAUUUGCCUUUAAAUGCGCAGGGCACACUGGACUGCUCAUCAGAAGCCACACACAGUGCGCAUCACCACGGGGACUACCUUGCGGGUCAAUUGUAAUCCAUUCCUGUGGCAUGAAUAGGAGUAAAAAUUAAGUGACAAUGACAUUAAACACAGCAGCGGGCUAAUCCUGGCAUUGUGCUUAUUAUUUCAGAUCACAACAAGAAUAAAGUUGAAAACAUGGAAAUAUCGGCAUUCAUUCAUUUUCUAGUGGUGCUGGAGCCUAUCCCAGCAGUCUUCGGGGCGAGAGGCGGGGUACACCCUGGACUGGUGGCCAGCCAAUCACAGGGCACAUAUAGACAAACAACCAU